AUGGCUUAUAGCCAAAAGUUCAACCCUGAUGCACUACCUGCGCAUAUCGAGCCUGACAAGGCUGCUGAAUUACUAGCCAACGCUCAAGGUCAACAAAGACCUCCCCCUCCACCGAAAGGUGGUCUAGGUCCUGCUCCAGGGGCUGCAUCGCGUUUUCACUCACCCCCGCCCCAAAACUACGGACAUGGUCCUCGACCGAACAUAAAUAGUAUGAACCGUGCGCCUCAACACCCUCUUCCUCCAUCGUCGCCAGCAAAUGUCCUCCCUCCGUCGGGGCCUACUUCAGAUGACCCACAGCAACUCCUACCACUCUUUCGCGCUGCCAAUGUUUCCCGAUCUGGAGCUCUCUCAGAAUCCGAGCUUGGGUCUGCGCUGGUGAACGGAGACUAUACUGCCUUUGACCCGAACACGGUGAAAACAAUGGUGCGGAUGUUUGAUAGGAACGGGGACGGAGUCAUCCGAUUCGAAGAGUUUGUUUCUUUAUGGAAGUUCCUGGCUGCAUGGCGAGAGCUCUUUGAUCGGUUUGACGAAGACCGAAGCGGACGCAUCAGCUUGGAAGAGUUUGAAAAGGCUCUUACAGCUUUUGGGUAUCGGCUCAGCCGCACGUUUGUGCGGGUGAUGUUCUCGACGUACGAAAGCAAAGGACGGCGACGGGCGGUGGUGGCUCCGUAUUCGGGCAGUGGCGGCAUGGGCUUUGAUCUGUUUGUGCAGGCAUGUAUCAGUUUGAAGCGAAUGACGGACGUGUUUAAGCGGUACGACGAUGACCGCGACGGGUAUAUAACAGUCAGCUUUGAGGAGUUUUUGACGGAGUUUUUGCAAUUACAAGAAUAG